AUGGUGAGGGUGACGGAGCUUGGACGGAGCUCAGCCCUACGGCGCGUCGAGAGACAGGCGAGCUCGGGGCAAGACGCGAACAGUUUUCGGACAGCGCAGACGCAUCAACACCAAACACUGCACCGCGCCUCCAACCCAGACGACCUCAAGCCCCCAUUCCCUGGCUCCGCCCUCCGCGUGUCCGUGGAUGCUCGCCCCAGUGGAUUGGACUCCCCGCCACGGCAUGAGAUGAGCGCGACUCCUCGCCUGCGCUACGGCGCAUAUCCCCAAACGCCCGACACAGCUCAGAGAGCUCCAGCACCCGAUGGCACUCCCGACGCCAAGCCCAUGCGCGUGCGCGCCCCCCUCACCGACAUCAACAUCAUGAACAAGAACCCGGCCAACGACGGCACCGCCCCGCUUGUGUCGACCGACGUCAUCCCCGCCCCGACACAGCGCCUCUAUGCCUUCUUUCUCUACGGCGCUCUGCUGGCCUGGCGGGCGUACGAUUUUAUAAACCUGCACAAUGAAGAGGCGGACUCGUUAUGGCUGUUCAUGAAGUGGGUCAUGAUAGACGGGCUCUUCCUGUUCGGCCUGCCCGUGUUGAGAAUACCGUGGCUGGAGUGGUCCACACCCACCAUGGUCUUUCUGUUCCUCGUACACGCCUUGGUCGACGGCAUGCUCAUGUUUAGGAUCGGGAUACCAAUCACGUCCUUCUUCACUGGCCUUUUUAAGCUGGUCUACGACCGCGAAUUGGCUAUCGAGGAACACAACGUGGACCCGUGGACCGUCCUACACAACGAGUCGCUUAUCUUGGGUAAACAGGUCAUUCACAUUCUUCCGGAGGGUUCCGCCGUGCUCAACCCAAACCAGGAUUCCUUUUGCCUGGGCGGCUCAACCAAGGAUAUCAAAAUUCCUAUCCAGAUCAACCAGACCACCCCCAUGCUCAUCGAAAUCCUGCGCUUCGACCUCGACAACGGCGGUAACGAGACCAUUUCCCUAUCGCAGAAGCAGGUCAAGAAUCUUGUGAAGGAAGCAAAAAAGGCCAAGAAGACGCAUUUGCCGGAGGAGCCUUUGCUGCUGCAUCACAGCGUCAAGAAAUCGGGUUACUACAAGCUCAGCAGGGUCAUUGACGAAUCUAAGCUCGAAGUUCAAACGCGGGUGUUGUCGGAAGCAAUGGUGGUUUCCUGCCCAGAGGCGCGCAUCAAGCCCAGCAGCAAAACCCGCUGCAAGGGUGAAUCCGCGGACAUCGGGAUUGUCGUUUCUGGCACCCCGCCACUCCAGCUCAAGUACCGCAGAAUGGUGGAAGGAAGGGAACGUGAAGCCAAGAGUGAAUUCCUUCAGCCGGACGAUUACGUUUCGCCUCUUUCUCGCAACCACAUCUACGACGCUUUGGUCCGGAGCGGACCGGUUGACGUAUCCUGGGCAAGCGCCCAUUCCAUUGAGGUUUCGCUCAGUGAUGGCCUUUCGCAGUCCGGUCUCUGGUCUUACUAUGUGGACGAGGUCUCUGACGCUUUGGGCAACGUUGUCAAAUAUACACCCGAGCUCGAGGAGGGAGAAGUUCCCAAAUUGGAUGAAAAGCUGCACCGCAACUUUUAUGUCUAUGAGCGGCCGACGAUCAACCUGCACGGCUGCGACUCCCAGCAUCCACUUCGGGUCGCCAAGGGUCAGAAGGUUUCCCUCCCCAUCCGCUUCUCUUCGACGGCCGCGAACCGGGAAGCCUUGUCGGACUCGCCUCACACCAUCGAGUACAUGUUUACUGCAGAAAACGAACUGUCCUCCGAUGGGGAACACACCUCUGCAAACCGGACUAAGAUCGAGGUCAUCAAGUCUGCAAACCAGAAGAUCCCGAUCCAGAAGAGUGGUCUCUACACAAUCAAGUCCGUUUCUACGGACAACUGUGCAGGAGACGUUGAGGAACCUGCCUCUUGUCUUCUCCUGAAUCCUCCGGAGCCCGAUCUGGACAUCGCCAGUGCUCCGAUCUUCGACAAGUGCGCCAACAGGCCUCUGGGAUUGCGGGUGAACCUCGACCUUAUUGGUACUCCGCCUUUCAGGGUCAUGUACUCCAUGCGCAAGAAGGGCGAAAAGGCUGAGCAAGCAAUGUACACGGACGUUACGGGACUCAGGGGCCAGGUGGACAUCAUGCCUCCAGAGGCCGGUCAUUACACGUACUCUUUCACAAGCGUCAGCGACGAUGUUUACAAGGGUCAUUCACUGAAGCACAAGAACCUCGUGCUGGAGCAGGACGUCAAACCGUCGGCUUCCGCACACUUUAUUUACGCGCCUGCCAAGACCGAGGCCUGUAUCGACGAGCCUGUCACGUUUGGCGUCAAGAUGCAAGGAGAGGGACCAUGGACUCUCGAAUACGAGCUUGUGCACGCACGCAAGAGGAUCAAGAGGGAGAUCGCUGGUAUUGAGACUGAGACUUUCACCAUCACCACGGAGCCUCUCGACCAGGGUGGUGAAUACACGCUGGCUCUCGCAAGUGUCACAGAUGCUGUUGGCUGUAAGGAAUUCCUGAAGGAAGAGGCCAAGAUUAGCGUUCGCCACGAGCGCCCCAAGGGUUACUUCGGCCAGAUCGAAGGCAGGCGUAGCCUGCGCACUUUGGAGGGCGCGAGAGUGCAGCUUCCUAUGCGUCUCACUGGAAAGGCGCCGUGGCAUGUCAAGUACAAGAACGCAGAGAACCCCGACGACCACGUCCACGCGACGACGCUCAACAACGCCAACGAUUUCCUCGACGUCAACGGCAAGGGCUUGUACGAGCUGCUCGACGUUCGCGAUGCAAUCUGCCCUGGUUCAGUUGACCCCGCUGCGAAGAUCUUUGAGGUCAGCUUGAUCCCCAGACCGACUCUCAGGAUCCCUGAGAGCACCACGGUCACGUUCGAUGGAAGCAAGUACAUCAGGCAGGAAAUUUGCGAAGGCGACCAAGACAGCCUCGAUGUCGCUCUCACCGGCAGCCCACCAUACACCAUCAGGUACGAGCACCACGCUCCCGGCUCUGGCUACCAAGUCAAGGCUAUCAACGCGGCACUUAAUAUCGCCUCCGUUUCAAUGGACACCUCCAAACCGGGCGUUCACCAGUACAAGUUCACUGAGCUGGCGGACAAUAACUACGAUCACAACCCGAGGAUGUUCCAGCAGCUCAAGGUGGACCAGUUGGUCAACCCUCGCCCGACCGCCAAAUUCAAGACCCCCGGCAAGACGUACAGCUACUGCAACACCGAAGAGGAUGGCGAGGAAGUCAUUCCGAUCGAGUUCACCGGCCUUCCUCCAUUCCAUCUGGAAGUCGACCUGAAGCACGCAGGCUCCAGCAAGGCCGAGACGUUGUCAUUCCCGAACAUUCCCGCCACGACGCACAACAUCAGGAUCCCCCAUCGCCACCUUCACCUAGGCAUGUCCAGCCUCACCAUUCGCAAGGUCCGCGACGCGCGCGGCUGCCGCAACAAGCCGGCCCUCUCGUCGGCCAGCCGCGACGCGCCGCGGGUGCAAAUCGCGGUGCACAACGCGCCGGCGAUCGCACCGCUCGACACGCGCACCGACUUCUGCGUCGGCGACCGCCUCUCGUACGCGCUCUCGGGCGCGGUGCCGUUCUCGGUCCUGUACACGUUCAACGGCGCGACGCUCAAGGCCAUCUCGCAGGGCACGACGUUCCGCCGGCUGGCGGAGAAGCCGGGCGCAUUCGCCAUCACGGGCGUCACCGACAGCGCCAGCCAGUGCCGCGCCAACACGCACCUCGCUGCGACCAUCCACGAGAUGCCAUCCGUGCGCGUGUCGCGCGGCAAGGAGACGCGCGUCGACAUCCACGAGGGCGGCGAGGCAGAGAUCCUCUUCGAGUUCGGCGGCACCCCGCCCUUCGAAUUCACGUACACGCGCUCCACGAACGCACGGCCCGGUCAGCGCAGCAGGGUGCUCGAGACAAGGAGUCUGACUAGCAACGAGUACAGCAUGCGCAUCACGUCGAGCGAGGAGGGUACGUACGAAGUUAUCAGUAUUAGGGAUGCGUGGUGUAGUUUCAGUAAGAAUCCGGACGGCGGUGCGGGUAGUGGUGGGUAUGUCGAGGACUACUAUGUCGUGGGGAGCGGGAGUGGGCAGAGGGCGGUCAAGGGCGGGAAGGGGCAGAAGAAGUUAGGGUAUUAG